GUGGAAGAAGGCAGCACUGAGAGUCACUGCUCAAGUAAUUGCCGCCACACGAUAGCACAGCCGUCGUGUGCUGGUUAGCGGAGAUUUAUAGCAUUGAGACAGAGCUGAUUCUGCAUUUAAUUCGCGCAAGAAGAGUGACUUGUUGAAAAGUCGAGGUGUUGCACGUGAAUAGUAGUGCUGCUUGUGGUGCUUGUGAACAAGUCUUCGAGUGCCUGGAGAGGACAAGUGCUUUUCUCUGCACCACAAAGAGUGAACAUUGUGCGAUACACAUUCAAGAGUGUGUCUUUUGGCAGAAAAAAUACACCUGAGCAGAGAGUGAAAGAGUCACAGACACCGGUCGUGACUUCACGAUUUCUGCGAAGUUCUUCGCGCAUAUCACAAUUCCAUCAAUUGCGAAUUGUGCCAAAAGUCAGUGAAUCAGAAUCCAGUUCCUGGGAAAUCUGAGCGCGGCACCAAAAAUCUUGAGAAUUGAUUCUGCCUGCCGAGAUAUUCGAGUCGCCAGUAGACAUUUUAGUGCAGUCAUCAAGUAUAUUGUAAAUCACAAAGAGUGACUGGGAAAGUUUGUGUAAAUAUUGACUCAAAAUCAUCAUCUUUUGGAUUCUGUGCGCGCGCCAAGCGUGCUGAUUAAGUGAUUUGCGCACAGCUGCUAAAGAUGGGCGACUCAUGGUGAUGAGCUGCAAAGUUGUGAUCUUGAAAGUAAUGCGCAGAGAUGGCCAUAGAUUUCUUCAUCGGAGCCUUGCUGCUGCUCUCGGCCAGUGUCAACGUGCUGGCGCUGGGCGCCUUCUGGAUGACGCCCAGCCUUCGCACCACCGCCAAUCGCUUCGUCAUCAAUCUGCUGAUCGUGAAUCUCAUCUGCUGCAUCAUUCUCGGGCCGUCGCUCCUGCUCAACUGCAGCGCCCUGAGGCCUGCUACUGAGGAUGCCGACGAGACGCCCAAGUUCAGCUGCAGUCUCAACCGGACGGCGCCCGGCUGCUCCACGAACAUCAUCUUCCAGGAGACUGCGGUGUCGGAGAGCAAGAACACCAUCGUCAUCGCCGAGAUCGACGAGGAGGUGGAAGAGCUGGAUGAGUCGCCGGGACUGGGUGUUCACCUCUGGACGCUAGACGUGGCAGCCGCCCUGGGAGCUUUGUCUGUGCUCCUAGUGGUCGGGGACACGUGGUGCGCUGUGACUGAUCCCCUGCGAUACCAUUCCCGCGUGUCCGGACCUCGUGCGUGGGCCCUCAUCGGAGCCACGUGGUGUCUGGGCAUCGUCUUCGGGGUGGCGUCAAUUUUCCGAGGCGAGGACACGAGUUUGUACGAAUCCGAGGGGAUAUAUAGCGCUGUCUUCUCCUUCGCCUACUUCCUGGUCAUCAUCUUGUUGCCAUUCGGGCUAGUGUGCGCCAUGUACUGGCGAAUAUUCCGGGAGGCGCGCUCCAAUGGACUGCGGAUGCGCCAGAAUGGCUCCUCGCCACUCCUCCAGAGUGCCCUGAAUCUCACCUCUUCCAACGCCCAGACGGCCGCCCAGCAGAAUUUGGGCGAGAGGCACUCAUCCGUGCCGCCGGGCGGGCUGCUCAUGAAGCUAGAUAAGGAGUACGAUGCCAAAGAUUCCAGCACGAAGCCGCUGCUGCUCAACAAACACCUCGAAAUACCAAAGUCCAUGGACCGCAACCAGAACAGCAUCCUGCUGUCGCUUUCGCUGGCCAGCGGCGAGUCCAUGCGGCGGAACUACAGCGCCCGCCAGCUCUUCCCGCUCGAGCACCUGGAGGACGAGGAUCUGCGCUGCGAUCUGCGGCACGCGAACUCCACACCCAAUUUGCACAAGCACAGCGCGGUCGUGGACGUGUCCGGGCCUCUGCUGCCGCUGCCCACGGUGCAGGUGCACCCCAAAGCUCUGAGCUAUAUGACAUCCAUCAGGCACCGGCUCUCUAACGCCUCCUCGCUGUUCAAGUACCGUGAGGAGUCGCGAGCGGCGCGCAUCAGUAUCCUUGUGGUGAUCAUGUUCCUCGUCUCGUACAUCCCGUACGGUCUACUGAUGCUGCUGGAGGGACACAGCGUGCCGCUCCUCAGUCCCGCCGAUCGCACGCUCGUGGCCAUCUUCGCGGUGGUGCUGGGCAACCUCAGCUCACCCUUCAUCUUCGCCUACCGCAACAAGCGCGUCCGCCGCGGCGUGCGACGCCUUAUGGGCAUCGACGCCAAGACCAACGAGCGCUUGCAGCGGCGGCGCAACACUACCAAGACCAAGACCAUCACUCUAGCCACGGGCGCCAAGACGGACCCCAAGAACACCUUCGUACUGGAGGUGGAGAAGUGUCCGGACUUUGCCGCCGAUCAGCAGAAGCUCCACAACCAACACAACCUGCUGCAUCCGCCCAAAAUCCCAAGCUUCGAGCCGCACGCCAGCCCGCGCUCAAGCAACGCCGACUCCAUCUUCGGCAAGAAGCGCUCCCUGCUCAAGAGGAUGUGCGACACGUCGCGCAAGUGGGGCUGCGCCACGGACUCCUGUGCCAGCGAACAGACGGACGUGUGAGUGUGGAAAUUAUCACAUCCCCAGAUUACAGACUUUCUCACGCGGCGUCGCUUGACAUAGAUUCGGGGCAUUAAGAAAGUUUCCAUGGAAAAUUCUCUGUCGCCAUUAGACUUCCAAAAGCGCACGAAAGUUUCCCGCACUUAAAUUUCUCACAUUAUUUCAUCGCAUCAUGUGAAGUAGUGAGUGAGAGAAGACAAGUUGAACAUGAAAAGUUCACAUCACUGAGCGAGCCUCUCAAUAUUCGCUCAAUUAAUGCAAACGCUUUUUUUCUGUCUGGAAGACUAAAGCCGUGAGUCAGAGACUCUUUUGCCAAACUUGAUUUUCUAGGAAAUAAAACGUGAAAUAUCGCCUGACAGUCAAAAAUAGAUCUCAAUUCGCAGUGGUUCAGAGACUAUUUUCAUCUCUGGCGCUGGAAAUGUUUCGUGGCGCUGUUGGAAGCCUAAUCGCGUGAUCCUCAAUUUAUCAUUCAUCCGGAGAAUUGAGUAACGAUGCCAGAACAAUGAGCUCUUCUGUUUACAAACUCAGAGAUUGUUGACAAUUAAGUUUAUGCGGAGAAGUGUGUUACUAGAGGAAUUAAGAUUUGGUGCUAAAACACUUAAGUGAUAUCGAUAGGAAGAUACUUUCAUUAUGUGAAGACACGGAACUGUUGCAUGAAUCAAAUUUACAGGGUUAGAAGAAUAGCACUAAAGAGACGAAUUGACAAAUAUUUUUGCACGCGCGGUUUUUUGGACGGAAAAGUCAAAAGUGUAUGAAAAAUCUGAAAGUGUGGUACAAAUGCUGGCAAAAUGUUCUUGUUGAGUAGUUUUAUGCUCUUCUCAUUUUUUUAUAUAAACCUACAAUCAAGUGUAUUAUAUUUAAUUGUUAUUAUUGAAUGGAAAAAAGUGUAUGUUUACAGAGUAUAGAACGCAUGAAAGCUGCAAAGUAUUAACUGAAUUGACACAGAGAGAAGAUAUCAUAUUUAUGAAACGUGAUACCGAAUUGAUAAACUCGAGUGUUAUUUGGAGCGCCUCUCUUAUCCAAUUAAAUUCACUUCAUUUUCUCCGGCGCGUCUCCAAACAUGAUUAAGUCAACUCACCCUCGAGACAAAGGCCAACCAGCUUCUAAAUUGGCAACACUCUUAAAAUUUCCUUAUCAUCGCAAAAUCUCAGCCGCUUCUUUUGCAAAGUAUUACAACUUGGCAUUUUUUUCUCUCACUGUAAAUCUCUAAUCUAAACGAUUCCACAGGCGAUUUUUAGGCAAUAACUCUAUCUCUAUGGCGAUAUUAUGGUCAGCAUAAAAGUCUAAUACGAUUCCUCGACAUUCGCUGCCCACAGAUUGUGCAUUAGUAUAUUUUAUUUAUUCUAUCUCAGCCUGUUUUCCUUUCGACAAUGAGUGCUGAAAUGUGGGUGGCAUAGUGGAAAAUUACGCUGACACCAUUGCCCAAACGCAUAAAAUGAAGAAUGUUUUCACAACAGAGUCUAAUGAGAUACUUAUUUUAGUUUACCUGAAGAUGACACUACAAAUUGUAUCAAUUAUAGUGAAAUUGGAAUUUAUUUUUCUACAGCUUGAAUUACAUUUUAAUUCGUUCCGCUAGAAUUUAGAUUAAUACAUGUGUAAAUAGUCUAGGAAAUAAAUUACUGUAUAAUUGAUAAAUAUAGACAAAUUAUAGAAUAUUGAAGGACGAAGUGAAUUGUCUCAAAGAAACAGAGUUUAUAAGUAAUUAUUAGAAGAAGGGAAUAUUUACAUAAAUUGCUUUUAUCGCCCUUGGCGACUGGCAAUGCUCUCUCUUGCAUUCAUUUCUCUGUAAAUAUGAUAUGAUUUUAAAAUGUUGCAUGCUUUGAAAGAGUAGAACGCAUGAGUUUAAUGAUCGAUUGAUUUCAUAGAUAGAUUUACGCAAAAUGUUUAUUAGGAUAUUUUCAAAAAAGUUGUCUGCGCGUAUGAAUGUGUAUACAUAUAUUGAAAAAAAUACUGAAACAGAUUAAAGGACAAAAACUCGAA